AUGCCUUCGGAACACGGUCACAGACUUUACGUUAAGGGUCGUCACCUGAGCUACCAGCGCUCGAAGCACCAGGUCAACCCUAACACAAGUCUGAUCAAGAUCGACGGUGUUGACAACACUGACGCCGCCAACUUCUACUUGGGCAAGAAGGUUGCUUUUGUCUACCGGGCAAAGCGUGAGGUCCGGGGUUCCAACAUCCGGGUGGUCUGGGGCAAGGUUACUCGGUCGCACGGUAACUCCGGUGUUGUCCGCGCUCAGUUCCGCCACAACCUCCCUCCCCAGUCGUUCGGUGCCUCCGUCCGCGUCAUGCUCUACCCCUCCAACAUCUAA